AUGUUGGAGAAGCGAAACUCUGUUGAACGCAGCAGAGGUGACACGGACGCCAGCAACAAGGACAUGGGCUCAACGCCCGCAGGCGCAGGCGCAGGCGCAACGGCAGGGCCUGGCGAGGCGGUGGCUGCUGCUGCUGCGGAAGAAAAAGAAGCCUCCAUGCCGCAGGAAGUAAUACGGAAUUCAGCCGCGAACUCUGUCCGGGAUGGCGGCUUUGGCGGCGACGACGACGAGAAGCGGGUAUCCACGGGCGGUGGUAACGAGACGAGGUCGUCUUCACCGUCGCCUUCGAAUUCGGACUGUGAAUCGCAUCGGGAUGGCGGCAAGAAGGAUAGUCGCAAAGGAGUUAUUGGCGCGACAGUCGGUUUUCUCACGUGGACGCCGAGAAAGUUGCGAUAUGAUCCCGAGAAUCCUCCUCAAUUCACUCUCGGCCUCAACUUUCUGUUUGCAGUUGCGGCGACGUUCACCGUCGCCAACCUUUACUACAACCAACCGGUACUCAACAGAAUCGCAGAGACAUUCAACGUCAGCUUCGAGAGGGCAUCGUCGGUCGCGACGCUGAUGCAAGCCGGCUAUGCAGCAGGCUUGCUCUUCAUCUGCCCUCUGGGCGACAUGCUGCGCCGGCGGCCAUUCAUCCUAGGCCUCAUCUGGGUGACAGCGAUGCUGUGGCUCGGCCUAUGCCUAACAAACUCCUUCCAAGCCUUCCUAGGCCUAUCCUUCAUCGUGGGCGCAACAACAGUAACACCACAACUCAUGCUCCCGCUCGUAGCAGACAUGGCGCCCCCCGAACGCAAAGCAAGCUCCCUCUCCAUAACGACAUCAGGCCUCAUGCUCGGCAUGCUCAUCGCGCGUCUGCUGUCCGGUAUCGUGGCGAACUACACCUCCUGGCGCAACAUCUACUGGUUCUCCUUCGGGGCGCAGAACCUGCUGCUGGUACUGCUCUUCUUCUUCGUGCCGGAUUACCCCUCGACGAACCCGGACGGGCUGAAUUACUUCCGCGCGCUGUGGACGAUUGUGACGAUGUUGUUCACGGAGCCGAUACUGGUCCAGGCGUGUCUGAUUGGAUUCUUCAUCAGUUCCAUCUUUACGUCCUUUUGGACGACGUUGACGUUCUUGUUGGCUUCGCCACCGUAUGAGUACCCAUCUAUUACCAUCGGCUUAUUCUCGCUGAUCGGUAUAGCGGCGAUCUGCGGUGGGCCGGUGUAUGGACGAUUGAUCAUGGACCGAUACGUGCCGUGGCUGUCUUCUGUGCUCGGGCAGACGGUCAUUCUCAUCGGGUGUAUCAUUGGUGCUUUUACGGGUACUUUUACCGUUGCCGGCCCUGUGAUCCAGGCGAUUUGCAUCGAUAUGGGUAUUCAGACCGCGCAGACUGCCAACCGGACUGCGAUUUACACUAUCAACCCCAAGGCGAGGAACAGGGUGAACACGGCGUACAUGGUGUGCGUGUUUUGCGGCCAGUUGACGGGUACGGCGGUGGGGAAUAGAUUAUACGCGCAGGGCGGAUGGAGGUACAGCGCGGGCACCUCAAUUGGAUUUAUCGGGUUGUCAUUGAUCAUCACCAUGCUCAAAGGGCCACGAGAGAAGAGCUGGAUCGGAUGGAGGGGCGGAUUCAAGCUGCGCAAAGACGCGCCGAAACCUUAG